ACAGGAUGGGAGCCGCAAAGUUGGCGAAUGUCCAGCACCUCCCUCUCCACCUCCAGUGGAAUCGCGUCGCCGAGUCAGUCCCAGUCAGAGGGGGCGGGGCCGCUCCUCGUACCGACUGAGAAAGGGACAUCCCCGGGAUUAGAUGCUCAAAUACGGUCUGUACAGGAUCGGUCUCCUUGUCCGCUUCUGACGCCGGAUGCUGUGAGGCUCCCGGCCCCGAGCUGAUCUCACUCAGCCCAGAUCCCAGUCCGACCUCGGUGCCUGAACUAACCUCAGACCCUAGACUAGGCUGCCCCAGACUUGGAAAGCCCAGAGCGGACAGGAACCAGACCCAGGAGCUUCGGCGUUCCCCUGGACUCGUGUCCUCAACCUCCUCCUAUGCAGACCGACUCCUGCUCCCGACUCCCCCGGUUUGGUGCGCGGACCAUGCGCUUGCCCGGGGCGCUGCUAGCCCCGCUGCUGCUCCUGCUAUGCCCCCCGGCCCCGACCUCGGCUGCCGCCGCCUCCCGAGCAGCCCAGCUCCGCGUGGGCGCCUUCAACAUCCGCAGUUUCGGGGACAACAAAGUGGCCGAUCCAGCCUGCGGCAGCUUCAUUGCCCAGAUCCUGGCGGAGUAUGACGUGACCCUGGUUCAAGAGGUCAGAGACCCGGACCUGAGCGCCGUGUCCGCGCUCCUGGAGGAGAUCAACAGUAUAUCCGAAUACAAUUACAGCUAUGUGACCAGCGAGCCACUGGGACGUGACAACUACAAAGAGAUGUAUCUGUUUGUCUACAGGACAGAGACACUUUCUGUGCUGGACAGUUACUGUUACCCGGACCCUGAAGAUGUUUUCAGCAGAGAACCUUUCAUUGUCAAGUUUUCAUCUCCAAAGACAGGUGGGACCAGCUCAACACACGCUGCCCACACUCUACCUUUUCACCACUCUGGACUAACUCCUGUCUACUUCUGUACUGCCCCAACAGCUGUGAAGGAAUUUGUCCUGGUGCCCCUGCAUUCGGCCCCACACAAUGCUGUGGCAGAGAUUGAUGCCCUGUAUGAUGUCUACUUGCACGUGAUUGACAAGUGGGGGACUGAUGACAUCCUUUUCCUCGGCGACUUCAAUGCUGACUGUAACUAUGUCAAGCAGCACGACUGGGCCAAUAUCAGGCUUCGAACCAGCGAGAUUUUUAAAUGGCUUAUACCAGAUAACACUGACACCACUGUGGGAAAUUCUGACUGUGCUUAUGACAGGAUUGUGGUCUGUGGCUCUCGGCUGAGAAAAUGCAUUGCACCCAACUCAGCUACAGUGAAUAAUUUUCAGGAGUCCUUUGGCUUGGACCAGACUGCGGCGUUAGCCAUUAGUGACCAUUUCCCUGUAGAAGUGACACUGAAAACUCACUGAAGCUCUCUAAGGACUGUCUAGGAUGCCCCUCUUGAUGCCUAUUUUGUCACAUGCAUCCAACAGCUCCGCAGGACACUAAGGUGGGACAGCAUUUCCUGGACUCUCAAGGAGGUGGAGUCAGGUGCCACAGAUGUUUUCCUUUUUUAAGACUGAAGAUUCUCAGGGCCCAAGGUCCUGGGGUCCUGAAACAGUUCUAGCGGCCUUGAAGUACAUAUUCAUUCCCAACCUCCAAGGCCAGGCCAAAUCCCCUCCCCUUUGCCUGACACCACCAAAUGCUUUCUGCUGGGCACUUUCACUCAGCCUAACAGUUGCUGAGUUCACUCUAAGCCUCAGGCACAAAAUUCUUCAGGGGUUUUCUAUGGAUCUUGACAACUAGCAAGAACCAUGGACAAGAUAAUUAAUUUAGAAUGGAAAAGCCCUACUUCCAAAAUGUACAAGGUCAACAGCUCUGAUUUUGGAUGCAUUAGCAGAAUGCAUUCAUUUUCUACUUUUCUUUUUUCUGGGCUCAUAGUCUGCAAUAGCUCCUCCUA